UGGGUAACCAUUGCCCAGCUCUAAUGCAAACGUUGUUCUUUGGAUUCUGUAAUCAAAAUCAAAAUAUUGUCAUAUUGUUUGAGUUUUCUACAUGUUUUCUAAAAAAGUGACAACUUGUUGCACUUUUUGAUUUUAGUGCUUUCAGAAAAGUUUUUCUUUUAGAAUUCUGGUGGUUUUUAGUAUAUCGUAUAUUAAGUCAACUAUUUUUGAUUCAUAAGCAAUACAUAUUUUGAUUUACUUCUUUGGUCGGGGAAAAAAGGUAAAUAGUUUAAAUCAUUCGUAAAUUUUUUAGCCAUUUUGAUGAACAUGGACAAAUUAAAACGAUUUUUAAGUGGAAACGACACUCCAGAUGAAGAAAGUGGUAUAAUGUCUCAGUUAAAUGAUGCUUCAACUUUAAGUUGGUCAACUCGUAUUAAAGGUUUUAUAGCCUGUUUUAUAAUAGGAGUACUUUUGUCGUUAUUGGGUUCCUUUGCCUUAUUUCUCUCCCAGGGGAUCAAAACUUUUGCAGUAUUUUAUACAUUAGGAAAUGUAAUUUCAUUACUAAGUACCUGUUUUCUUAUGGGACCAGUAAAUCAAUUACAAAAAAUGUUUCACUCCACCAGAGCUAUUGCAACCUGUUUGGUAAUAGCAAGUAUAGUAAUGACUUUAGUUGCAGCAUUAGAGUGGCAUAAAGCAGGUUUGGCUCUUUUGUUCAUAAUAAUUCAGUCCUUAUCAAUGACUUGGUACUCUUUGUCAUACAUACCAUAUGCUCGAGAUGCUGUAAAAAAAACUGUAAUGACUUGUAUUGCCUGAAGAACAAAAAAAAAAGAACCAAGCGUUCCUAUAUUUGGCGGCAUUUAAUUUAUUUUGUAAAAAUUGUAUAAUGUAAUAGAAUAAUUAUAAUGGUUUUGUUAUAAGCACACUGUUUCUUUUAUAUAAAUAGUUAAGUACUUAUAGGGAUAUUUAUAUUGUCAACAAAGUCUUGAAAGUAUUUUUAUAUAAAUCUUACAUACUGUGUACAAUUUUAGAGACUUUAGUUUUUGAUAUAAUUAUAAGAACAUUUAAAACUUAUAGCAGAGUUUAUACUAUAUGAUAUAUACUUAAUGUUUUUAUAAAAACUACAAAUUUUUGGUUUUAAAGUUUUAUUACUUUUUAACAAUUUUAUAAACUCAAUAUAUAAAAUAAACUGUAUUUCAGAU